UCCACUGCACUUGAGUCAAUUGCACGAGGGAGGAGUAAGUAGUUUCAACCGCCGACUUGUCAGAAGCCAGGUGCUUGGAGCAGCGGCAGCAGCAGAAACGCCAGCGAUAGGAUGGCCUUCCCGACACCGGUAUUGAGCGGCACCUUGGGGUUCUUCUUUGGGUGCCUCUUCUUGCUAGGGAUUAUGAAGGCUGGCCAGCUCUCUGGCAGUUUGUCCAAGGAAAACACGGGGAUUGGCUUCACGGUGGUCAUCACGUCCGCCUUCUCCAUGUGGUUGCUUUGGGCCAUGGCAUGGUUCCACCAAUGGCAUCCCUUGAUCACACCAGAGUUCCCGUGAGGACGUUCCGCCAAUCCAAUCGCAUUCUAGUAUACGGGCGACGCGAGCAACCAGCGGGGCGCACGGGUGCGGCCAUCGAUCCUGGCAGCAGCAGAGACGUUGUUUCUGCCGCUACUGCAUCGUUCUUUUUUUUUUUCAUUUUUGGUCCGCACUACGUUGUAGACACAUGACGGUAACGGUGGGUGGCGAAUGGGCAAUGGGAGGCGGACUACGCGAAGCACGUGCGUGAGCUCUUUUUGCCGCAUGGGAGGCCUGGUUUCUUUCUGUCGAUAAUUGGACCAGGAGAUCAGUCAGCCAAUGCCGUGAAGGAGCUGAAUGAAAACCUUGGUUUUCUUCGCUGCAGCAAUGGCUGAUGGUGGUGGUUUGACAGGAGGGACAGAAAACGCCCAUCCACUUGACCGGGUUGUAUCGCCAACAAAAAGUGUUUGCGCGCCGGUGGCGAAACGAAAGACUUCGGGCUUCCGACGCGUCACGUGUGUUCCGGCGUGUGUGCUUGUGGCCCGGAGGUUGUGCUGUCUUUUGCAAUCACGGCGGUUUUGCUCGUUUGUUGUUUCGGUACCCCAUCUACCCGGGAUAUAUGUUGUUCUUAGGAACUUGUUUCGUGUCGGAAAGCAGUAGCAGAUAGUCGCCCUGUAGCGUUGGGGAAUAGGGAGAAGGGGGGGGGGGGUCGUGUAU